AUAGGGGAAGCAGCCGCACUUUGCAUUACGCUAGUUUCAGAAUGCAGCUGUAACUGUUGUGAGAUGUGCCUUUGCUUCCUCUUGUGUCACUAAUCAUUUCUGACAACAUCACACAACAUAGCAGGAGUCGCAAUAGAAAAAAAAGGAAGUCCACUUGCAAUAAGAUCAGAAACAAAGUGGCAAAGAUAUAGGAGAAGCGUACGUCUUGGCAGGGUCGGCUCACACAUUGCAGAGUUUCUGGACAGGGCUCCUGUCCACCACUACACAUGGCUUUAGUCGAAAUUAUGCGCCUGUGGAGCGAGGGGGUGUCCGCUGCUGAUAAAGGGGAUUGGAAUGGUGCCCUCAAGACAUUCACCUCCAUAUCAGACCCUCGAUCCAAGAUCUGCUUUAACAUUGGCUGCUGUCAUCUUGUAAAGGGAGAUCUGCAGAUGGCGGAGGAGGCCUUCACAAUGACCAUAGAACGAGACAAGCACCUGGCGGUGGGAUAUUUCCAACGCGGUUUGGUCUCCUUCAAGAGGAGCAAGUACAUUCCAGCUCUGCAGGACUGGACUCGGGCAUUUACAGAAUUGCGAGGGAACCAGCUGAUUGAUUACAAAAUCCUGGGCAUGACUUUUAAGCUCUACAGCUGCGAGAUCCUGUAUAAUAUCGCUCUGGCCCACGCUAAAGUGGGAGACUGGGCAAAAGCUGAGGAGAGCCUCUUGCUUGCUCUGAGUCAGAAAGUAGAGCCACGACAUGGCACCAAGAUCGAGAGAGCUCUGCAGGACAUCCUGAAACAGAAGGAUUUUGCCCCUGUGGAGAUGCCGAGGGGGAAGAUGUUCCAGCCUAAUGAGAAGCUGGUGGAGCAACUUGAGAAGAAGGAUUACUUGGGGAAAGCACAGGUUGUGGCCUCUGUGGUUGAUAAGGACAGUUUCUCUGGUUUUGCCCCUCUGCAACCUCAGACCAGCAACCCUCCUCCACGUCCAAAGACACCAGAAGUUCUUAGGACAUUGGAGGGGGAGCCACAUCGUGUACUGUUUGAAUUCAACCCCGAGACCCCCGAGGAAAUUCAGGUUAUGCCAGGAAACAUUGUUUUUGUCGUGAGCAAAGGGGAGGACAACUGGGCCACGAUCAUGUUCAAUGCAAAGAAAGGGAUCGUGCCGUACAAUUAUCUGCAGCCUGUGGAACUCCGCUUCCAGCCAAAAGUACAGGAACAAAAGUCAUCCGGUAACUCUCCAGAACAGCUAGAUGUGCCUGCGCCACCUACAGCCACUCCACCCGAAAGACCUAAAAACCUGAAAGCGUCCGCUACUGCUGCCAGCUCCCCAGACUCUUCACGUCAGGAAUCCCAUUACAUAGUGAAAGUUUACUAUAAGUACACAGUGGCGAUACAGACCUCCCAUAAACUUCCAUACGAUGAUCUCCUGACAUUGAUCAGCAGCAAAUUGCAACUAUCGCCCUCCAGCAUAAAACUCAGUUUCAGAGACGGAGAAGCUGAUGUAACACUGAAUAAGGACAAUAUGGAGAAAGCUUGGGAGUUAACUACACAGAACUGCCUGAAACUGAAGUGCACAGAUUUGGAGCCAGAGGAAACCUUUGCAGCCGCUGAAGAGGCCAAAAGCCAGGAUCCCACCGCAGCGAAGGAGACGUCCGUAACUCAGGUCACUGCUCUGUUUGCUUAUGAAGCUUCACAACCUGAAGAUUUGCCUUUUAAAAAAGGAGAUGUUAUAAAAGUACUGUCUAAAAUAUCUGCAGAUUGGUGGGAAGGAGAAUGCCAGGGAAAAGUUGGGAUCUUCCCUACAGCCUUUGUGGAAUGAACAGUGAAUUGAACAAUCUCCCUGAAAAUCAUCUAAAUAUGUAUAUAAUUACUCGUAUUGUAAAGACAGAAGCAAAUACCUUUCCCUGUUCAGCGCUGUAAAGUUCUUGGUCUGUAUUUCACCAUUUCAAGUAUUUUUGGAUCCACUUAAAAUAUACCAUAAACACAGUUAUUGUUUCUCACA